GUGAUGUGCCGCCUGGCCGUGGCCUCGGUGGCCGAAGCGGCCGCUUUGGGUCGUUCCGUGGCCUCCUGGGUGUCCGAGCACUUCCCCUCCCCCAUCCGCCUCGAGUUCGAGAAGGUGUACCUGCCCUACCUGCUGAUCAGCAAGAAGCGUUACGCCGGGCUCUGCUUCCCCGGCGGCGCCGACGGCGAACCCCGACUGGACUGCAAAGGGCUGGAGGCCGUCAGGAGGGACAACUGCCCGCUGGCUGCCAACCUGGUCACCGCUUGUUUGAAGAGGAUCCUCCUGCACAGGUGAGAGAGCAAAAAAAAUGGGGAAAAACGGUGAAAAAACGGCGAAAAACGGUGAAAAAAUGACUGAAAUACACCCAAAAAUGACCGAAAUACACCCAAAAAUCGGGAAAAUGACCCAAAAAGGGCAACUGCCCGCUGGCUGCCAACCUGGUCACCGCCUGUCUGAAAAGGAUCCUCCUGCACAGGUGAGAGAGCAAAAAAAAUGGGGAAAAACGGUGAAAAAAUGGUGAAAAACGGUGAAAAAAUGACUGAAAUACACCUAAAAACGACUGAAAUACACCCAAAAAUGGGGGAAAUGGCCCAAAAAGGGCAACUGCCCGCUGGCUGCCAACCUGGUCACGGCCUGUUUGAAGAGGAUUCUGCUCCAUAGGUAAUUGUGAAAAAAAAUGGGGAAAAACGGUGAAAAAACGGCGAAAAACGGUGAGAAAAUGGCUGAAAUACAC